GUGCGAUGGAUGGUGUAUUUCACGUGAAUAAUUUCACCUUCCCUGGCACAUUGAGCAUUUUAAUUUAAACUGAUGUAUCAACACAGUAUUCUCUUUCAAAGUAGAACCUCUUAGCACAACUGUCACUUUUUUUUUCUUUUAGUGCUCUUAAAUACCAGCGAGUUUAUAUUGACGCAUAUCUUUGAAUCGCAGACGUUUAUUCCAGUGUUAUUAUACCCCCUAGCAAGUUAUAUUGUCGAAGUGGAGUGCCAAACAAAAAUCCAGAGGCGUGCAAAGCAUCUUGUGGAGUGUGCCUUUGCCUGCGGGGCUUAAUCACUUGUUUCUUUUCUUUCUCCUUCCUAUCUUUUCAUUUCUUCACGAGGAUUGAAACCUUCGGAUUGCUAUUGGUCUUCGGAGCCUUAGCACUCACGCGCGUGGCUGGGAUGCGCUCCUCUUCUCCGAUUGGCUGAGAAUGAUUACAGGCACGCUCCGGCAAGUGAAUAAACAAGAGGGCAUAAAUUAUGCUAAUAAGCUGGCAGUGCGGCACGGGGCAGACCUGUUGCAACCUAUUCAUUCAACCUUUACAAAAAUGCCAAAGGGCCGGUUUGAGAGGGGGCCUAGGGUGGGGGAUCCCCUAUUGUUUCAUCAGCGUAUAUAAGUGGACUGAAGCUUGUCGUGUGCCAAGCUCACUUGCUGACACAAACGAACUGCUGAAGGAUCGCGACACGUCGCGUGCCUCCUCGACACCUGAAGCCACUUGGAUCUGAGCGAGGAAAAAAGCCAAAACAAACAAACACUUUUUCGCCUCCUGUGCCCCAGUUGUAUGAGCCCUGACAAAAUGUGCACCAGCGUGGAAGAUGUCUAUUACAGCUUCGCCGCUCCUGUCACCGAUGAUGAAGACUCACUUGGCAGCUUGCACCUGAGCUCGUCGCCUUCCUCUCUGGGCCAGCCAUCCUCCCCGGCUGAAGUACAAGAUCAAGCAAUCGCGGACCCGCAAGAGAAGAAAAGGCGACGAAGCAGGUGCAAGAACGACGCCACACAGCAGGUUAUCAAAAGAAACAGACGGGUGAAGGCGAACGACCGCGAGAGAAACAGAAUGCACAACCUCAACGACGCCUUGGACGAACUGAGAAGAGUCCUGCCCGCUUUCCCGGACGACACAAAACUCACAAAAAUCGAGACUCUGCGCUUUGCCCACAACUACAUCUGGGCGCUGUCGGAAACUAUCAGGCUGGCCGAUCAGUGUCUGGACAAGCAGAGGGAGACGUCGAUGGUUCUCUCUGGGCUGAACUGUGUUGCAGACAUCCGAAGCCCGGCCAGUGAUUCCUGCUCCUGGAUGUCAAGUGCCUCUUCUUCUCCUUCUCCAUCCUACUGUCCUUCCAAUCCCAGCAGCCCCGCCACCUCAGAGGACUAUGGUUUUGUACAGGCGGAUGGCCUUUACAAUUACCAGAGUUUUGUAAACAGCAUUUAUUAAUAAGAACUUGAAACAUUUCGAAAGCUAAUGUGACCCCUUUCUCAAAUGAGCUAUCGGCCAAGAAACCGCUAUUCUGAAACGUGUGUGUGUGUGCGAAGCAUCCACAGCUCUGCUCAAAGUGUGAACAAUUUCAGAUCCGAUAAAAUCACUAUAGCCUGAAAAGGAGUUAUAUAGCUUUAAAGACUUGACCACUAUUUGCCUUAUCCAUAUUUCAAUUUCUGUUUGUCUGAAAACGUUAAUUUGCAUUAGAGCCAGUUGCUUAUUUUCAAGUGGACGAAAUGCUGAGAAAACCCGCAGCAGAAAUCUGGGAAGAAAACGAUUUUUUUUAGAAGCUGCUACUUUAUUCCCUCCUCCUCCCCUUUGUAUUUCUCACUCUUUUGCACUUUUUUCUUGAAAUCUACUGACAAAAAAUCACUUCUUUCCUUAGCUCACGGAAUCUUGACCUCAACCUCUAUUAAAAGAAAAUUAGAAUUAAAAAAAGAGAAAAGACUGAUUUGCUGCCGUUGACGAGGUGAAAAGUCAAUUUUACAAUUUGUAGAAUAAUAAUGAAGAAAAAACGACCGUGCAAAUUCGGUUUCAACGAGCUGACAAUAGGCUGAAAGGGGUUCGACAGAAAGGACAAGGAUCUGGCCUCAUGCAUUAUGCAUUUUGACCUCCUAAACAUGACUGUCUUUGCUUUACAAAGGACUCAAUCUUCUUGGUCAGGGCUAUUCUACCAAUCCAACAGCAUCACAGUUCUU